UUGACUGUGAUAAAAAAUCACAUGACAUCGAAAACUCAUCUUCGAAAGCCUUUAGCAUCUCAACAGUCAAUUUCUACUUUUAUAAAAAAAAAAACUGACGAAAUCAGCAUGAAAGCCAAAGCAACUCAAGCACUUGAAUUAAAGUUAUGUGGUUUUCUAGCUGAACAUAAUAUAUCCUUCACCACUUUAGAUCAUUUGACAACACUAUUGAAAAGUUCUGUGCCUGACUCUGAAAUUGUUAAGAACAUGCAGAUGAAAUCGACGAAAGGAACUGCGAUAAUAAAAAAUGUCAUUGCUGAGGCUGAAAAAGAACAUCUGCAAAAAAAAUUGCAGAUCAGUCGGUUCAGUGUUUUAAUUGACGAAUCAACCGAUAUUGGGGGCAUACAAACGAUGUGCAUCAUUGUGAGGUUUUUUGACGCUGAAGAGGGUCGAGUGGUCAGCAAGUUUUGGGAGCUCUGUCAAAUUUUCGAGCAAGAUUCGGAGGUGGAGAGUGCUACGGCAGAAUAUUUGUUCGGACUAGUAAUGAAGUCCUUUGAAGAUUACGAGAUUCCAUUAGAGAACAUCAUUGGAUUCGCGUCGGAUGGAGCCAGUACAAUGAUGGGAAAAGAUAACUCGGUAGCUUCAAGAUUUCUCGAAAAAUGCCCUGGCAUUUACAUUUUCAAGUGUAUAUGCCACUCAUUGCAUCUUUGUGCCAGCAAUGCAUGUAAAAAAUUACCAAGAAGUUGUGAAGAUCUGGCUCGUAAUGUCUAUGGUGAAUUUAAAAACAGCGCUAAACGACAGCACUUGUUCAAAAAGUUCCAAACAUUUUUAGACAUUGAUGUUCACAAAAUUCUCCGCCCAGCACAAACGCGUUGGUUAUCUUUAAAAGCGGUCGUUUCGAGGAUAAUUGAACAGUGGCCUGCACUCGAAUUAUACUUUAGAGACCAAAUGCUAACUAUUCGAUUAAAAUCUGUUGAACAGAUUGUCCAGGCUCUCAACAAUCCGAUCAUCAAACUAUUUUAUCUUUUUCUGGACUUUAUACUACCUAAAUUUACUAAACUAAAUGAACUCUUUCAGUCAUCGUCGGUAGUUAUUACAAGCCUCCAUGAUAAAAUGUGUAAAAGCUAUCAAGAAAUUUUAGAAACGUACAUGUCCAGUGAUUAUAUUUAUCGGACCAAUUUAAGUGAACUAGACCCAUGCAAUGAGUCGCAUCGUUUACGUCCGGAAAAUAUGUACUUCGGAGUUGAAGUCAGAAAAAUGUUAGAUCAGGUCGAAAUUCGCAAUAAUGAAAAAUUAAAAUCAGAUUUCGCAACGACUUGUAUCGAUUUUCUAAUUGAAGGUUGUAAAGAAAUUAAAAAGCGCUUUGAUUUUUCAGAUCCUGUUUUAAAAUUAGUCUCGUAUCUGAAUCCGUCGAAAGCAAUGUUGAGAAAGACCAGAGAUAUUGUCCCCAGUUUGCUGCCCUUGAUGGAGGUUUUGCCUCGUAUUGCAUCAAGUGAUCAACAUCAAAUAAUCGAUGACGAGUGGCGUCAAUUACCGUCUUUCGAGCUCCCGGUAGGUAUUGAUGUAAAUGAUCCGGUCGAUAUUUUUUGGGCAAAGCUGUUGGAAUGUGAAGAAGGAGAUCAAGGAAUGACGUUUAAAAACCUUUCAAAAUUUGUGCUCGAAACAAUUUCACUUCCACACGCGAAUGCUGACAGUGAACGCAUAUUCAGCAAAAUUAACUUGAUUAAAACUAAGGCUCGCAAUAAUAUGACAAUUUCGACGGUAAACGGCGUGCUAUUAGCUAAACAACGAGUUAGAGGUAAAGAAAACGAUUGCACAACGUAUGAUCCAUCACAGAGUGAAUACAGUCGGAUGAACAAAGCGUUACUAUACAAAAAAAAAAUUACUACAGAAAGCACUACCAAAACGGUUCAAGAUUUAUAUAGUGACGAGGAUGUAGAGGAAUUUAAUAAUAUUUUAAUGCCAAACGAUUUCUAA